UCCACCCGCCCCCGUUUUUCUAAAAAAAUAAAAAUCCACCCAAGCCCCGAUCCAGAUCCCCUCCACCGCAACCUCCUUCCACCUCCUCUCUUCUCCCAAUCCGCUGCAGCCGGCCGGCCUCCCCCUCACCCCUCCAACCCCCUCCGACCGCUGCAGCCGGCCGGCCAGGCCGCCGCGGUGCUGCCCUACCCCUCCCCCCAUUUCCUGCCCGAGGACCGCGUCGGCCUCGUCAAUGCCCUGAAGGACAAGCUGCAGAGCCUGGCGGGGCAGCACGCAGACGUGCUCGAGUCGCUCUCGCCCAAUGUCAGGACGCGUGUUGAGUUUCUGAGGGGCAUUCAGAGUCAACAUGAUGAGAUUGAGGCGAAGUUUUUCGAGGAACGGGCUGCCCUUGAAGCCAAGUACCGGAAGCUGUAUGAACCAUUGUAUGCUAAGACAUAUGACAUUGUACAUUGUAAAUGGAGUUGUGGAGCUAAAGGAGUCCCAGAUUUUUGGCUCAUUGCUUUGAAAACAAAUGAAGUGAUGACUGAGGAGAUCCAAGAGCGUGAUGAGCCUGUUUUGAAAUAUCUAAAGGAUAUCAAGUGGUCUAGAAUUGAUGACCCUAAGGGGUUUAAGCUUUUGACCGCCCGCGCCGCCGCCGAAUCCGGCAGCAAGCGCACCUGCGCGGCCGAGUUGCACAACCUCUCCGAUAAGGUGGUGUCUCGCUUCCCUGUCGUUAACCGCUUUUCUGCUAUUCUCGCCCUGUUUUCUCGGCUUCUCAUUGCUUGCUUGCUUGAUUGGGGUGCAGCGGCGGAGGAGCAGGAUCAACGAGAAGAUGAAGGCGUUGCAGAGCCUGAUACCCAAUUCCAACAAGGUCGGCACCACAAAACCAACAAGGCAUCCAUGCUUGACGAGGCCAUUGAGUAUCUGAAGCAACUGCAGCUCCAAGUAUAGGAUAAUGAGAUGUUGAAGCCGCAGAGUGAAUCCAUGAGACUGUAGUGCAAUUGCACCGUUCCAUUGAAGAUUAGCUCUAUUUUUCCUUUUCAUUUUUCUUACUAUUGGAGUGAGGACAUGUAGAAUGAGAAACUGUGUGAUAGUAGAUAUGGCAACUGUGUGAUAGUAGAUAUCAGGAAUAAGGACAUUUCCAUCACUAUUGUGUUUUCUCGGAAUUGUAUGCAUAAAAUGGAAUUGGUCGAUUUUUUUAAAAUCCUAAAUAGUU